AUGCAUGCAGCUGCAGCCCGGCUGUACCAAGUGCGACUUGCCGGGGGCCGCGCGCGAAAUGAGGGUCGAGUGGAGGUGUUCAGCGGAUCCAUGUGGGGCACCAUCUGUGACAAUAGUGAGCAGCAGACGUUUGGUUCGGCGGAGGCGAACGUCGUGUGCCGGGAGCUGGGCUUCACUGGCGGCUUCGCGAGGCCGCUGUGGGCUAGCGGCAUUGAACCAAUCCUAACGGAUGUCACCUGUCUGGGUAACGGAUCCCGGACGUUAUCCGAGUGUCGUCUCAGCACGUGGGGAAUGCAGAACUGUGAUCGUCGCAAGGAUGUUGGAGUCGUCUGUAGCCGCGAUGCUUACCCGGUGCGACUUGUCGGUGGCAACGCGGUGAACGAGGGCCGCGUGGAGAUCUUCAAUGGGGCGGUUUGGGGCACUGUCUGUGACGACAUGUUUUCCGACGUGGAAGCCAAUGUGGUCUGUCGGCAGUUGGGCUACACAGGCGGCUCCGCUCGGACGUGGGGCGGCGGCACAGUACCCAUACUAAUGGAUGAUGUCUCCUGCAAGGCGAGAAGCAGCAAUGGGACGACGGUACCUCCGCCACAAAGCCUGGGCGAAUGCGAGUUCGCCGGAUGGGAACGCCACAAUUGCAUUCAUACGGAGGAUGUGGGGGUCGUUUGCAAUACCGCCGACGUUACCCUGCGGUUGGUAGGUGGCAGCACGCCAGACCAGGGCCGCGUGGAGAUAUACAACGGGACUACCUGGGGCACUGUUUGUGAUGACUAUUUUGGAGCAGCGGAGGCGGACGUCGUGUGCCGCGAGCUGGGCUACGCGGGCGGCUCUGCUGUUGCUGGAUGGGGUGGCGGCUCCCUACCAAUUUUGAUGUGCGGCUUCCGCGGAUGGGGAAUUCACAACUGCGGCCACACUGAGGACGUCGGCGUCAAGUGCCAUUGUAAGUGCCGGAUGUACGAUUACCUGCCCCGCCGCCGCACCCCACUGGGGGAGAGGUACCUGUAUGAAGGGCAAUAUUUCCGGUCGCCGAGGGCUUCUCACUCGCUGUGGAUGCAAACCGACGGGAACCUCGUCAUAUACCGAGCGACUGACGGCGCCCCAGCUGUUUGGGCGUCGCUCAGCUGGCAGAGCCCCAUCUAUGGCAUUCCCGGCCCGUACAAGAUGGUACUACAGCCCUCAGGCCAUCAUAAGCGAGGCAUUCCUAAACACAUGCAGUUCGACUUCAACCGCUCCGCAGUCACAAAGCCUGCAGUCUCAAUGCCGGCGGGAAGCCUGAGACCCGUCGUGGUGUCGUGUGGCGGCCAACCCCGCCAAGAGACCGACCACAUCCCCUUGUUCGACCUUCCUCCGGGCAACUCGGGCAAUUAUCCGGAGCUUAUUCCUGGAGCCCAACGGAAGCGCUACACCGGCAUUACCUCACUUGAGCGAAAGCUAGCAGAUGGGUGA